AUUCACAGUUUAACAAAUUGGAGACUUUGAAAAAGAUCAAAGGUGAGAGAAAAUCAAAAUAGACAAAAUUGCCCUUAUUUAUUUUUGAAUUUCCUAAGGAAUCCUUUACAUUUGCAUGUCUUUGGUUUGAAAGUUGAGAGAUUUUUCUGCUUUUUUUCAAAAAUGAAAAUUUUUUUGUGACUAGAACCUAAAUUUACUUUAACGAAUAAAUGCUUGUCUGGCAUUGUUUUUUUAUUUUUUAUUUUUUAACCUUAUUUCUUUUUAUUGAUUUAACAAAUCUACUCAUAUCCCACAUUACGUAAUAUCUACUCUAACCUUUAUGUCACGUUUCCUUGAUGCUAGACCCUUUAUUAUGGGAAUAUCACAGAGUCACGGUUGUAAAGUCUGACCCAAAAAAGAAAAAAUCCGAUAGAGAUUAGAUUAGAAAGAAUAUCAUAAAUUUGGUUAAACAUGGGGGAGGUGGGGGCAUAUUAGUAAUUCCACGCUUCAUUGUAUUCCCUCUACAAAAUGCUUCAAGAAGGUGGCCACAUUCAUUAAUAUUAUUCAACAAGCUGCUGUCAGUUACAAAAUCAUAAAGAACUUCUGCUGCCCCUUCAACUACAACGCAAAGCAGCCAAGAGUGCUUCUCUGUUCCGCUUUUACUCCUUGUACCAUGGGCUUAGGAGGCCAGGAAACGUCGUCGUUUGUGAGUGAUUUUCUGGAAAAGUGUGGUGGCUAUGCUGUUCUUGACGGUGGGUUUGCCACUGAGCUUGAACGACAUGGAGCUGACCUCAACGACCCUCUCUGGAGCGCCAAAUGCCUUAUCAGUUCUCCUCACCUUGUCAGAAGGGUACACUUGGACUACCUUGAUGCUGGCGCAAACGUCAUAAUAACCGCGUCUUAUCAGGCCACCAUUCAGGGUUUUGAGGCCAAAGGUUUCUCUAAAGAAGAAGCCAAAGCCUUGAUUAGGAAAAGUGUAGAAAUUGCAAUUGAGGCAAGGGAAAUUUAUUAUGACAAAUUGCAAUCAAGACGUCCAGUUCUAGUUGCAGCAUCUGUGGGCAGCUAUGGGGCAUACUUGGCUGAUGGCUCUGAGUAUAGUGGAAACUACGGUGAUGCAGUUACCGUAGAGACGUUGAAGGAUUUCCACAGGGAAAGGGUACAGAUUCUGGCCAACUCCGGUGCUGAUCUUAUCGCAUUUGAGACAACGCCGAAUAAGAUAGAAGCAAAGGCAUAUGCUGAGUUGCUUGAGGAAGAAGGAAUAGACAUUCCAGCCUGGUUUUCCUUCACUUCUAAGGAUGGAAUCAAUGUGGUCAGUGGCGAUUCGAUCUCAGAGUGCACCUCUAUUGCAGAUUCAUGCAAGCAAGUUGUUGCUGUUGGAAUCAACUGCACACCUCCUAGAUUCAUCCAUGGACUGGUUUCAUUGAUUCGGAAGGUUACAAGCAAACCAAUAGUCAUAUACCCCAACAGUGGUGAGACUUAUGAUGGUCUGACCAAGCAAUGGGUGCAAUCAAGCGGGGAGGUCGAUGAAGAGUUUGCAGACAUAGUGAUAGGCAAGUGGCAUGAGGCCGGGGCUUCUCUAUUCGGAGGCUGCUGCAGGACAACUCCAAAUACCAUAAGGGCCAUAUCUAGAGUUCUCUCCAACCAGAAGUCUUCUGCAAUUAACGAGGAUGCUUAAAUGAGUUCCAAAACUGAGAUGUAAAUAUUUCUCUAAUCCGCUAAGAAUAAAAGCUUUAUAUCCCUUCCUUUCCUUGUUUUGUAACUCAGAGGAAGUAGUGAAAAUGUCACCGUGGUAAAAGUGUUAAUUUCAAGGGUAAAAUUUUCUGGCACUUUUUGAGGUUUAGGUUU